AUGGCUUUUGCAGAGCAACAACAAUGGAUUACGGUCCAGCAAAAGACCUUCACCAAAUGGCUAAACACCAAGAUUGAGGUUCGCGGCCUCGAGGUCAAAGACCUUGUAAAAGACCUCAGCGAUGCUGUCAUGCUUAUCCAUCUGCUAGAAUGUCUUUCUGGCGACUCACUUGGACGCUAUGCCGCCAAACCGAAGCUCAGGGUCCAGCGUUUCGAGAACGCCAACCUUGCGCUAAACUUUAUCAAGUCACGAGGUAUUCAGAUGACAAACAUAGGUGCCGAGGAUAUCGUGGAUGGAAAUCGAAAGAUCAUUCUAGGUCUCAUCUGGACACUCAUUCUGCGCUUCACCAUCAACGACAUCAACGAAGAAGGUAUGACAGCCAAGGAGGGUCUGCUAUUAUGGUGUCAGCGCAAGACAGCGUGCUAUGACGAAGUGGACGUCCGUGAUUUCAGCGGCAGCUGGAAUGACGGUCUGGCCUUCUGCGCCCUUCUCGAUAUCCACCGCCCCGAUCUGAUCGACUACGACGCCCUCGACAAGUCGGACCAUCGGGGAAACAUGCAGUUGGCUUUUGAUAUCGCUCAUGCGGAGAUCGGUAUCCCCAAGCUGCUCGAUGUUGAGGAUGUGUGCGACGUUGCCAAGCCCGAUGAGCGUUCGUUGAUGACCUAUAUCGCCUACUGGUUCCACGCCUUCUCACAGAUGGAGAAGGUCGAGAAUGCCGGCCGUCGUGUGGAGAAGUUCUUCAACAAUAUGCAAGGUGCCUGGGAAAUGCAAAGCGCUUACGAGCGUAGAAUGGCCGCUCUUCUCAAGGCUAUCCGCGAGCAGGUCGUUUCUUGGAAGGGGUCAACCUUCGAUGGCACCUAUGCCGAUGCUAAGGCGCAGGCGUUCCAGUUUGCAUCAUACAAGAAGGGUAAGAAGAGAGAGUGGGUAGCGGAGAAGAGCGAUCUCGCAACAUUACUCGGAAAUAUCAAGACAAAGUUGGCCACAUACCGACUACGGCCGUAUGACCCACCAGCACAUUUGAGAAUGGAGGUGUUGGAUGAUGAAUGGAGCAACUUGUCCAAGGCGGAGAUGAGCCGGGGACAGUUGAUCAACGAAACUAUUAGAGACAUCAAAGACGCCCUCCGAAAAUCCUUUGCCGACAAAGCCAACGAUUUCGCUCUUGCCCUCAACACCAUGCAACUCGCCAUCUCCGGGCUCGAAGGCGACGUAGAAGACCAGCUGCACCACGUCCGCAAGCUCUCCGAGAACCUGCCUCCACUAGACGCUUACCUCAAGACCAUCGAGGCCGUCGACCUCAAGUGCCAGGAAGCCAACAUUGAAGAAAACGACUUCACAACCUACAGUUACGACGAGCUCUGCUACGAGCUCUCCCUCGUCAAGUCCUCCGUCUCCAAGAAGCUUGCCUUCCUCGAGAACCAGAUGGUGGCCCGCAACAUGACCAACCUGACGCCCAUCCAGCUCGAGGAGUUCGAGUCCGUGUUCCGACACUUUGACCGGGACGACACCAACUCGCUGUCCGAGCUCGAAUUCAGCGCCGCCCUGGCCUCUUUGGGCCUUGUCUUCUCCGAAGACGAAAUGCACGAGUACUUCCUGUCUACCUCCAACGGCCGAGACCGCGUCACGUUCGAGCAGUUCAUCCGCUUCAUGGUGGACGUGACCGAGGACCAGAACACGGCCGAGCAGGUGUUCCAGUCCUUCCGGGAAGUCGCCGACGGGAAACCCUACGUGACCGAAAUGGACCUCCGCCACUCCUUGGUCCCCGACGAGGUUAUUGAGAAACUCAUCGAGAUCAUCCCGAAGCACACCGGCCCGGACAUGCAGAGCGACCGCGGCAUGGAGCAGUACGAUUACAUUGCUUUUAUGGAAAAGUUGAUAUCGGAACAGGAGGGUAGGGCGGCAAGCGCAAGUAGCAGAAGGAGCAGUAGGGCUAGUGGUGUAGCCGGUGGUGGUGCGGCGGCGCCCGGGCAGAUGCCAAACCACAGCCAUAGCGCUUCGGUUGGAGGUAGUAUCAGUCAUAGUAGGCAUAAUAGCCAUGCUAGUAUCGGGGGCAAGUCGGUGCUCGGGGGAGAUAGUAGGAGUAAUGGGCUGAUGAUGUCGCCCAAGAGCCCUGGGACUCCGGGGACGAACAAGCCGAAUGGGUAUCAUUAGUAAUGAAGUGAUUGAAUCCCCUGUGCUCAUC